AUGGUAGAUGCAUCCGAUGAUGAUGGGUUAUCCGAGGGAGAAAUCAGAGAAACUACACCUGAACAAGAGAAUUCUGUGUUUUUAGCUGAUAGUGUUUCGAGCCGACAAGAAAGAUUAGUUUUUUCCCAUUCAGAGAACCAUAAGUAUCCGCGCAAAUCUUCAAUUGCAUACAAUAGAGAUUCAACGUCUAUAGCACAUGGAAAUAACAAAGGAUCGAGACACCGUUAUUCAGAUGAUGAAGACUAUAAAAGGAGGCAUGACGGGGAGGGUAAGCAUGUCUCUAGGCGUCAUGCAAAAAGGUCUCGGAGAAACAAAGUAGAAAUAGAGAGGGAUCAUCAAAAACGGAGUAAAGACGGUGAUUUGAGAGAAAGGAGGUCUAGGGACAGCCAUGGAAGCAAGAAAAAAGACAAGAUUGAGCCUGUACGAGAAAUGGAGCAAACGGUAUUGCUUAUAUCUGAACAGGAGCCAAUUGAAGAGUUACAUGUGUCUCCUGUUGAUGAAGAAGCUUUGAUUGAACAAAGAAGAAAAAAUCGGGAAGCUAUUCUUGCUAAAUAUAGAGGUCAACAUACCCCCUCUCUAAGUUCUCAAACAAAAGUAGAUAUAUCUAUUGUAGUAUCUCCUGAAACGAAUGGACAGCUCUUUAGUGCAUGUUCUCCUCAACAACUAGUCACAGAUACUUCUGAUUUUCAAUUGAUUAAAGAAACAUCUAUGAUUAGUACCCUGCAAGAUGGACAAACGGCUGCUGAUUAUGAUCCAAUGAUUGAUGGAAAAUUGGAUGAAGAACGUCAGCAAUGUAAAAAUAAUGAUGAUGUUAAUGCAGCAACAUAUAAUGAAGUGAAACAAAUAGAAAAUAAUACACUAACUCUCUAUGAGGACAGAUAUGACAAGGUGAAAAUUAAUGAAGCAAAUGUUAAUGAUGAAUUAGAUAUGUUUGCUGAUGAUGACAUGUUUGCUGAUCCUAAACAAACGGAUCAACAAAUACAAAAAUCAAAAAAUGUAAAUGAAACACAAGAAUCUAUAAUUUUUACAGCACGUAAACUUGAUGCUGAAUUAUUAGAUAAUUGGGAUGAUCCAGAAGGUUAUUAUCAUGUUAUAAUAGGUGAACUUUUAGAUGGUAGAUAUGCAGUAAGAUCCAAUCUUGGAAAAGGAAUGUUUUCUGGUGUUGUAAAAGCUGAAGAUUCAAAAACAAAAAAGAUGGUUGCUAUAAAGUUGAUACGUAACAAUGAGACAAUGCGUAAAGCUGGAAUGAGAGAGAUAAAUUUUUUAAAAAAAUUAAUGGAAGCGGACCCAGAUGAUCGAAAGCAUAUUAUACGUUUAGAAAGGCAUUUUGAACACAAAGGCCAUUUAUGUCUUGUCUUUGAAACCCUGAGUCUUAAUUUGCGUGAAAUUCUUAAGAAAUUUGGAAAUGAUGUGGGGAUAAAUUUAAAAGCUGUUAGAGCUUAUGCUCAACAAAUAUUUUUAGGACUUUCGUUAUUAAAAAAAUGCAAUAUUCUUCAUACUGAUCUUAAACCUGAUAAUAUUCUUGUAAACGAGACUAGAAAUUAUUUAAAAAUAUGUGAUCUUGGGUCUGCAACUCUUAAUUCCGAUAUUAAUAUUACUCCAUACCUUGUGAGUCGGUUUUAUCGUGCACCAGAAAUUAUUUUAGGUCUAUCGCUUGACUAUGCGUUAGAUAUAUGGUCAAUAGGAUGUACGUUGUAUGAAUUAUAUACAGGAAAAAUACUUUUUCCUGGUAGAACAAAUAAUCAUAUGCUCAGAUUAAUGAUGGAAUGUCGAGGAAAAUUUAAUCAUAAAAUUAUAAGAAGGGGGCAAUUUAGUAGUAUACAUUUUGAUGAGCAUUUUAAUUUUAUUAGUAUAGAAAAAGAUAAGGUCACAGGAAAUGAUGUUGCAAAAGUCACCAAUAUAACAAAGCCUGUCCGUGAUUUAAGGUCUCGUUUAUCAAAUCAUUUAUCAAAUGAAGAUCCUAAGUUGAUGAAAAAUUUUAUUGAUCUUUUAGAACGAUGUUUGGAUUUGGAUCCUGAAAGAAGAUUGUCUGCUCAUGACGCAUUAAAACAUCCUUUCAUUCGUGGAUAG